GAAAAGCACAAAGAACCUUCAUCGUCGUCAGUACUCAGACUGGCGUGUCAUCACCCCAAUAGCUGACUCUUCAGAACAACCUACAUCAAACGGAGAGACCGUCAAGAUGAAAGCCGUCAAAGUGGUGGGAUACAACCAGAAGUUGGAGAUGUCUGAGGCUCCCGAACCUCAGAUUGAACAUCCUCUAGAUGUCAUUGUGAAAAUCGGUGCAGCGGGAGUUUGCAGAACAGAUAUUCACAUUCUCGAAGGACAAUGGGAAGAAAAGUCCGGCGUGACACUCCCGUAUACCAUCGGGCACGAAAACGCCGGUUGGAUUCACGCCGUGGGAUCCUCCGUCACAGGCCUCGCCAUCGGUGACGCCGUCAUCUUGCACCCGUUAGUCACCUGCGGACUCUGCCGAGCAUGUCGGUCGGGCGAUGAUGUGCACUGCGAGAAUUCAUCCUUCCCAGGCAUCAAUCUCGACGGCGGAUAUGCCGAAUAUCUCAAAACGACGGCGCGCAGUGUGAUAAAAUUGGACGCCAACUUGCAACCGGCAGACGUUGCUGCGCUCGCGGAUGCCGGGUUGACGGCAUAUCAUGCUGCUGCGAAAGCGGCACAAGGGUUGCGGCCGGGGGAAUUUUGUGUGAUUAUUGGGGCGGGAGGAUUGGGUCAUAUUGGGGUGCAGGUCAUGGCUGCGAUUAGUGGAGCGACGUUGAUUGUGAUUGAUCGCAAUCCUGAUGCGUUGGCUCUGGCGAAGGAAAUCGGCGCCGACCAUGUGGUUUUGUCGACUGAGGAUGGCACGUUUGUCAAGGAGAUUCUCGAUCUGACCAAGGGGAAAGGCGCCGAGGCUGUGCUCGACUUUGUCUGUGAAGGUGGCUCGAUGGUGUCUGGGGUGAAAAUGUUGCGUCGUGCAGGCAAUUAUUACGUCGUGGGCUAUGGAGAGAAUAUCAAUAUCCCUACCAUUGACAUCAUCUCGAGCGAGAUCAACAUCAUCGGCAACCUCGUGGGGAGCUACAAUGACCUAGCAGAAUUGAUGGUCCUUGCUGCACAGGGCAAGGUGAAACUCCACACACAGCAGUACAAGCUAGAUGAUUUCCAAAAGGCGAUUGACGAUUUGAGCGCGGGCAAAGUACGUGGACGCGCCAUCUUGGUGCCAUAGCUAUGUACCUAAAAGUACAUGGUAGUCAGGUACUAGUAGAGCGAGGCCAUCCGGCAGCAUACCUACAUUACUCGGAUAGGUAAUUGGGAGUAAUCAAG